CGCCAACCUCACGCCAUCGUACUUCCUUCUACAAAGUGAAUUGCAAUACACGCACUCCCUUACUCGGCAACCCAAAGAGUACGCAGCAAAGCGACGGGAAACUAUUUCUGAGGGCGCCAUAUCUCCGAUGUCGGCCGCAGAUUGCCCAAUCAGAACCCAAAGCAUAUCAUUUGUGAACCAUACUACAUCUAUCCACGUGCGUUCGGGCAGUAUAUAAACGGAAAGCACGACUUGUGUCGUGUUGCAUCUUGAUAUCGCCUCUACGCUGUGCAUUACCCAUCCCCGUUCGAACGAAAGCAAUACACGCACGCACGAUGGGUGUGUAUUAUGAGACCAUACCGGAUAGCCUGGUGCCGUGGAUCCAGAAUCAGAAGAUGCUUUGGGUCGGCACCGCCCCCCUCUCUCCUACAGGUCACAUCAAUGUAUCCCCGAAAGGUUCUUCCACAGGCGGAACCCCCUUCGGCGUUCUCUCACCCACAAAAUUCUGGUACAUUGAUCUCACCGGCUCGGGCGUUGAAACACAUGCCCAUCUCCACGAACCAAACAACGGGCGCAUAUGCGUCAUGUUUGCGGCUUUCACGGGCGCCGCGCAGAUCGUUCGCAUAUGGGGUACCGGUACACCCCUCGAAAACGGCACCCCCGAAUUCACUUCUUUCGUUGGCGAUCAUAAAAUCACGCUCAUCCCCGGCGCUCGCAGUAUCAUCCUAAUCGACGUGCACCAAUGCGCCACAUCAUGCGGCUGGUCUGUCCCCGAAUACGAAUUUAUCAAGCAUCGCACUACCCUGAACGAUUUUUACGCGAAGAAAGAUGCGAAGUUUCAGUCAGGCAAGACAGAAGAAAGCAUGGAUCGAUACUGGGCGUGGAAGAGUCAAUUGAGCAUUGAUGGCUUGCCGGGUAUGAAGAGGGGCGUGAAAUACGCCAGGGAGAACGGAGUCAAGCCGUUGAAGAAGAUGGUGGGAAGAUAUGCGCCUGGAGCGCCGAGGACGACCGCGGGGGUGGAGCCGUUGCAUUUGCUUCUUGUACUGCUGCUGGGAAUUAUUAUAGGGGGUGCGAUGGCGGUCAGUUUCAUUACGCCAGAGCAAUUGGAAAGCUUGAGAAAGGGGAGGGUGAUAAUCUGAAUACACGUCUUGUGUUGCAAGCACAGUUGGGGCUAUACGUUGUAUCGAGACGGAACCUCGUUCAGAUAAAUAGAUGAUGACAGGAUUGUAAUCUUCGAAGAUUGAUAUGUUUGGUUGUGCGUGUCACCUAUCUGGUCCUCGAUUUGAG